AUGACGACUGAAGAACAAAUUCAAUCAUCGGAUUUUGAGAGAAUAAAUGGCACUGAAGAUACUAAUACAUAUGAACAUGAUAAUGAAACAACAUCCGAUACAUCUUCUGCUCCACCACCACGCCGAUCACGAUUUUUUCGUUCGAAACGAAAGCAACGUUUAAAUGAAGAACAGUCUAGUAAUGAUGAUUCAUUGAAUGAUACAACCGAUUCACCAAAAACUCCACAACAAUCGACUGAAGAAACAACGGUCGAUGAAAGUUCAACAACUGAUACUGAUAGUCCAGCUAAACAAACACUAAAAAAACGUCCAACAUCUCCUCCUCCUCCUGUUGCAUCUACAGAUGAAACUUCCGAAUUAGAUACAACUUCCAGUUCAGAAGAAAUCAACUUUUCAUCACAUAUUCACGAUUCCAGUUCUGAACAUCAAAAUUAUCUAGCUAAGCACAAUGCUCAUGAAAAACAAUCAUCUAAUCAACCUAGACCAUCCCUACCCACGAUUUAUUCUGGCUAUCAAAGAAAAAAAUCUCAAUCUGUUAAAUUAACACGUAUUGAUCCAUUUGAUUCAUAUCCAAAAAAGAAUGUUCGUUUUGCUGAUGAUUUCGGUCUUGAUUUAAGUCAAGUUAAAGUUAUUACAUCCGAUGAAUUACCUCAUGUACCCAGUGCAGCAUUCAAAGACUUACAUAUCAGUAAUGAUGAUAAUCCAUUAUCACAAUUUCAAGAACGUAUGAAAACAAUAACUUAUUUAGAACAAAAAUUUGAAAAUCCUAUUCAUGCACAUGGUUUUGAUGAUCGUGUUUCACGUCAUAAAGUUGUAUUAGAACAAGCGAAUGCUAUUGAUAAUCGAAUAUAUGGAACAAUAAAAAUCGUUUCACUGGGUUUAAAUAAACGAGUAAAAAUUCGUUCAACAACUGACAAUUGGAUUACAUAUGAUGAUCAUGAUGCAACAUAUAUUACAGAUUCAUUUGAUGGUAAUCAUGAUCGAUUUACAUUUACAGUAGAAAUUAAUCGAGAUCGAAUAGGUGUAGGAAAUAAUAUACAAUUUUGUAUUGGUUAUGAAUCAUAUAUUGGUCCUGAAUAUUGGGAUAAUAAUUAUCAACAAAAUUAUCGAUUUGAUUGUAGUUCAAGGACCGUACCUGAUUAUAGUGAUUAG